AUGAAUGGAAAGUACAGAGGCAGAGGAUUUAGACAAGGAAGAUUUCAAAGCUGGAAAAGUGGAAGAGGUGGUGGGGGCUUCUCAGGAAAAUGGAGAGGAAGAGAGCACAGACCUGACCUGAAUAAAGCCACAGGAAAACAUCCUGAACAAACCCCACAGUCUUUGCAACUGCAGUCAACAUUGGAUCAGUUCAUACCAUAUAAAGGGUGGAAGCUUUAUUUCUCUGAAGUUUACAGUGACAGCAUUCCUUUUAUUGAGAAGAUUGAAGCAUUUGAAAGUUUUUUCACUGAGCGUAUUGAGUUAUAUGAUAAGGAUGAAAUAGAAAGAAAGGGAAGUAUUUUGGUGGAUUUUAAAGAACUGACAAAUGAUGAUGAAAUAACUAAACUGAUACCAAAUAUAGCAAAUGAAUUAAGGGAUACACCUGAAAAAAUCCUGGCUUGCAUGGGUCUGGCAAUACAUCAGGUAUUAACUAAGGACCUCGAAAGGCAUGCAGCUGAGUUACAAGCCCAAGAAGGAUUGUCUCGAAAUGGGGAAACAGUGGUUAAUGUGCCACACAUUCACGCAAGGGUGUAUAAUUAUGAGCCGCUGACACAGCUGAAGAAUGUCCGAGCAAAUUACUAUGGAAAAUACAUUGCUCUGAGAGGAACAGUGGUUCGAGUCAGUAAUACAAAGCCUCUUUGUACCAAGAUGGCUUUUCUUUGCGCUGCAUGUGGAGAAAUUCAGAGUUUUUCUCUUCCAGAUGGAAAAUAUAAUCUUCCCACAAAGUGUCCUGUGCCAGCAUGUCGAGGGAAGUCAUUUACGGCUCUUCCUAGCUCUCCUCUCACAGUUACGAUGGACUGGCAGUCAAUCAAAAUACAGGAGUUCAUGUCUGAUGAUCAGCGAGAAGCAGGUCGGAUUCCACGAACAAUAGAGUGUGAGCUUGUUCAUGAUCUCGUGGAUAGCUGUGUCCCAGGAGACACAGUGACUAUCACUGGAGUUGUCAAAGUCUCCAAUGCUGAGGAAGGUUCUCGAAAUAAGAAUGACAAAUGCAUGUUCCUUUUGUACAUUGAAGCAAAUUCUGUUAGCAAUAACAAAGGACAGAAAACAAAGGCUUCUGAGGAUGGAUGUAAGCAUGGAGCAUUGAUGGAGUUCUCACUUAAAGACCUUUAUGCCAUCCAGGAGAUUCAGUCUGAAGAAAACCUGUUUAAACUCAUUGUCAACUCGCUUUGCCCUGUCAUUUUUGGUCAUGAACUUGUUAAAGCAGGUUUGGCAUUAGCACUCUUUGGAGGAAGCCAGAAAUAUGCAGAUGACAAAAACAGAAUUCCAAUUCGAGGAGACCCCCAUGUCCUUGUUGUUGGAGACCCAGGCUUGGGAAAAAGUCAGAUGCUACAGGCAGUAUGCAGUGUUGCUCCACGUGGUGUGUAUGUUUGUGGUAAUACCACAACCACUUCUGGUUUGACUGUAACUCUUUCAAAAGAUAGUUCCUCUGGAGAUUUUGCUUUGGAAGCUGGUGCCCUGGUACUUGGUGAUCAAGGUAUCUGUGGAAUAGAUGAAUUUGAUAAAAUGGGGAAUCAACAUCAAGCCUUGUUAGAAGCCAUGGAACAGCAAAGUAUUAGUCUUGCUAAGGCUGGCAUGGUUUGUAGCCUCCCUGCAAGAACUUCCAUCAUUGCUGCUGCAAAUCCAGUUGGAGGACACUACAAUAAAGCCAAAACAGUUUCUGAGAAUUUAAAAAUGGGGAGUGCCCUACUAUCCAGAUUUGACCUGGUCUUUAUCCUGUUAGACACUCCAAAUGAAGAUCAUGAUCAUUUACUCUCUGAACAUGUGAUUGCAAUAAGGGCUGGAAAACAGAGAGCUGUUAGCAGUGCCACAGUAGCUCGUAUGAAUAGUCAGGAUUCAAAUACUUCUAUACUUGAAGUGGUUUCUGAUAAGCCACUAUCAGAAAGACUAAAGGUGGUUCCUGGAGAAACAAUAGAUCCAAUUCCCCACCAGUUAUUGAGAAAGUACAUUGGCUACUCUCGGCAGUAUGUCUAUCCAAGGCUAUCCACAGAAGCUGCUCAAAUUCUCCAGGAUUUUUACCUUGAGCUCCGGAAACAGAGCCAGCGGUUAAGUAGCUCACCAAUCACUACUAGGCAGCUGGAAUCUUUGAUUCGUCUAACAGAGGCACGAGCAAGGUUGGAAUUGAGAGAGGAAGCAACUAAAGAAGAUGCUGAGGACAUAGUUGAAAUUAUGAAAUACAGCAUGUUAGGAACUUACUCUGAUGAAUUUGGGAACCUAGAUUUUGAACGAUCCCAGCAUGGUUCUGGAAUGAGCAACAGGUCAGCAGCAAAAAGAUUUAUUUCUGCUCUCAACAGUAUUGCCGAAAGAACUUACAAUAAUUUAUUUCAGUUUCAUCAACUUCAACAGAUUGCCAAAGAGUUAAACAUUCAGGUUGCUGAUUUUGAAAAUUUUAUUGGAUCACUAAAUGACCAAGGUUAUCUCUUGAAAAAAGGCCCAAAGGUUUACCAACUUCAAACUAUGUAA